AUGGAUUUCACAGACACGCUAAUCAGAGCUCGAAUUCCAUUCCUGCUGAACUAUUAUGACAUCAAUAAUACAUUCCUGGACAUGUAUCCGGCGCUUGAUACUAGGCGGGCAGAAGCCACCAAGUCUCCUAGCCCGCCUUUGCUGAGUGAGCUUCCCAAUAUCCCCCCGGAGGUCGCGGAGUGCUACCUAGACGAAGACAACCUGUAUGAAGACGGCUUGGAUUAUUGUCCAUUCAUGUGGUUUGACAAUAUUGAGCUGGGCAACCAUGAGACGACUCACAGAGCUCCUGUUGGGCUCACAAAUCAUCAGGCCCACGAAAAUUUCGCGCAGCGCAGUCAAGAAGUGCUCCAAGAAUUGACGCCUUUUGCCAACUGCAGCUCGUCGAGGCUCCAUUUAGAGAAUGCCAUUGGCCAGGACUUAUUCUCGGCAGAGAAUAUGAGUGCUUUUGCACAUCUCUACGUGCAACAUUCCCACAGACAUUGCCCGAUCCUUCAUCUUCCAACCUUCCAAGCUCAACAUGCGACGGUGCCACUCCUGCUGGCCAUCUUCUUGGGAGGUUCGCUGCACUCUUAUCCCAGAGAUACCUACUACCUAGCUGUUGAUUGUUUUGACAUUGCCGAGGCAUAUUUGUUCAGCUUGCCAGUGUUCAAACCAGGAUACAAGAACCUCGCUCCCUCGGAGUUGCACAUGUCAGAGCGUCACGAAGCCCUGAAGGCCGCGGUCAUUUUGUUACAUCUGCAAAUUGGCCGAAAUGAUCCCGAGAUUCGGCAAAGGGUAAGAUACCAACGAUUCCCCAUGUUGGUGCAAGCUGCGCGAUCGGCAUCAUUGUUUUCGUCUAGGCACCAUGACAACUCGCCGCUGGCCGGAGCAAGGACGUCGGAUUAUCAGAAAGAAUCACUGAUCAGGACUGCUGCCUAUAUUUUGCUGCUUGACUCCCAGUUUGUUGUCUGCUUGCGCUCUCCUCCAAUGAUCACAAUACUAGAAUUAACUGGAGAUCUACCUUGCAACGAGGUCAUGUUUUCCCAUAGCUAUUCGUCAUCAUUGGCGAACACACCGCGUUCGCCUUCUCUCGUCGAGAUCAUAGAUCUUCUCAUGGAUGGUGCUUGGGAUGGACCGAGCAAUCCCUCAUUCAACAAUAUCGGGGUCUUUGGGCUCUUUAUAGUGAUAUCCGGGUUGCACCUGGUAAUCUUCUCAGCCUUUGCAAGCCGAACGAUGCAGCAACUUUUGCCUCCUUUGCAUAGAGCGUUGUCUAGAUGGAAGCUGUUAUGGGAGAGGCUGAUGUCCCGAAUCAGCAUAGAAGAGGUGGAGCUAGCUGGCUUCAUGACCUGUGCGAACGAAGUAUGGCUUAUAGCUAAGGUACUUCUACGGACUGACUCGCAGGAGUUCUUCAGUGGGUUUGAUAGUCAGUCGUUGCAACCGUUCAACUACCUGCUGAGACGUGUAAGCGAAGUGAGCGACCAGUGA